CGUCGAUCUCUCGGCGGGUCCCUUCAGCUGCCCUGCAACACUGGGGUCAGCUCAACACCGACGUGACAGAGCUUGAAAUUAGCCUUUAUAGCUUCUUGAUCCUCCACCUUCUCCGUAUUUGUCUCUUCCUCCUCUACUUGUCUUUGCUUCUUCGACACAUAUUAGAAGAAAAGUGUGUUCUCUCACAUUUGUUCAGGCCACCGAUUUCGAAUUGACUAUUUCCACUAACAAGAUGCGUACCUCAAUCGCCGUCAUCGCAGCUGCCUACUGCUCUGUUGUAGUUGCUCAGAUCCAAGGUCUCCCCAAUUGCGCUCAAUCGUGCGCCAACAGCGGCCUUGCAGGCUGCGGUAUUGACGUCGGCUGCAUUUGUGGAAACCAAACACUGAUCGCCGAUCUAUCCUGCUGCGUUGCUGGGUCCUGUUCUUCUGACGAACAACAACAGGUCAUCGAUUUCGCCGUUGGGAUCUGUAGGACCGCCGGGAUUACCACCCUCCCAACCAUGGCUGGUUGCGCAACCACUUCGAUGACUUCGAUGGUGCCGAGCUCCGAAGUAGCUCCCUCGUCCACGACUGCUCCAGGUGCUGCAACUACAAACUUUGUCGGCGCCGGUAUCUGUGCUGGUGCUGUCGGCCUAGCUGGAUGGUUCGCACUGCUAUGAAAGUGCAGCGAUGCGCUGAUCAACUUCGAAUGUUUUGGUUACGGGAAGCUUUUGCAAUUGCACUC